ACGGCUAACGAAGUAACGGUAGGUUUGCUCUAACGAAUCGAGAAAGUAUUGACCAUUGAUAUCCACGAACACAUUUCUUCCAGACUAAGAAAAAAGCGAGCCUGCUCAGCCUAGGGCUCCCCCAUCUUGAAACCCGAGUCACGAAUCUCGAUUAACUGCAGAUGUCAACCUGAACAAUCUCUCUCUCUCUCUCUCUCUCGCCAUGGACGAAUCUUAUGCUAACCUUCAGACCAGCCACUUGCUCGGUUCUGUCCCGGCCGUGGUUAGUGAAGACCGGAAGAGCACUAGUUAUGAGGCCCCUGUUGCAAAUUUGCAAGCAUUUCCUCCAAACAGUGCAGGCGGGGGGCGGGGAUACCAAACACUUCGAAGUCCAAUUGAAGAAAUUGAACAACAACCAGCGAACAAUUGGAAUGGAGUGUUUAGUAUCUCAUCAUACACGCAGUAUUUCAACGUAGACACUGACAUUGUGGUGAACAGAUUGAUGAGUUCUUUGUAUCCCAUCAAUGGAGAUUUUUUCAGCAAGAUUGACAGUAACCCUGAUCUCUAUGGGCUUGUUUGGAUCUCCACUACAUUGAUGUUUGUGAUUGCUUCCCUUGGAAAUUGUUCCACCUACUUGAUGAAUAAACGCAGUGACAGUAGUACUUCUUGGAGCUUUGACGUCAACUACGUAAAUGUGGCAGCAUGCGCAAUAUAUGGCUACACGGUCAUUGUUCCACUGGCAUUCUACUUCUUGCUUCAGUAUCUGGGUUCAAAACCCAGCCUUAUAAGCUUUUGGUGCAUGUGGGGAUAUUCACUCUCCAUUUUUAUUCUCAGCUCUGUACUGUUGAUAAUCCCUGUUGAAUUUAUCCGAUGGACUGUCAUUAUCAUUACCGGUGCUGCAUCAGCUUCCUUUGUUACCCUGAACCUAAGGUCGUAUGUAGAGGGGAAUGAUCUCACAGUGGUGCUGGUUGCUGCAUUUAUUUUGCAAUUGGGCCUGGCAAUCUUCAUCAAGAUGUGGUUUUUUGCAUGAACGUGACACCACUGUUGGUCCUUGCUCGUUGAGUCUUAUGUCUGUUUUGUAGCGUAGAAUUUCAAAGAUGUUAACCAUGUUGAUGUCCGGUCAGGGAACCAUUUGCUCAGAUAUGCUUACCGGCUAAUGUUUGUAAAAGUUAAAGGAGACAUUCAGCAACAGUAUGGUAGUUGUAUGGGAGCAUGCUGUUUUCCAGUCAAGUGGUAUUGGAUCUGAAUGGCUCAAAUAUUUCAUCUACAGCUAUUAGGAGACAUCAGAGGGAGAAGAAUCUUGUGUAAUUUUUUUUUUUAAGCUUCUUUUUUCAGGUAAUAUUCUCUGUCGAACUUGGUCUAGUGUAAAUGUACAAACAAGGUUGUUGUGUCUGGAAUAUAGAUCUGUCGAGGAAUUCGCGGAGUGGAAAAUAAAAUUGUUAGAGAUUAUACUU